AAAGCGCUCUUUAUGGCGUCGUCGGGGGGCGAAAAGACAGCGCUGCGAUUGGCCACUUUUCAUUUUCGAUUAGACCAAUGGAAGGCGGCCGUGCGGGCCGCGGACGGUCAACGGGCGAGCCGGGAUUGUGACGUCACAGAAGCACAAUCACCAAUCGCCGCAGACCUUCUCCGCGCCUCAUUUACGUAUCGCCCUCUAGAUAAGGCAGCGUGGGUUGGCGGGCUCCUCAAUGCUUCCCUCUCUCGCUCCAAGAUGCCGGAACCCUCGAAGUCGGCGCCGGCCGCGAAGAAGGGGUCGAAGAAGGCGGUGACCAAGGCGCAGAAGAAGGACGGCAAGAAGCGCAAGCGCAGCCGCAAGGAGAGCUACUCGGUGUACGUGUAUAAGGUGCUGAAGCAGGUGCACCCGGACACGGGCAUCUCGUCCAAGGCCAUGGGCAUCAUGAACUCGUUCGUGAACGACAUCUUCGAGCGCAUCGCGGGCGAGGCGUCGCGCCUGGCGCACUACAACAAGCGCUCGACCAUCACGUCGCGGGAGAUCCAGACGGCCGUGCGGCUGCUGCUGCCUGGCGAGCUGGCGAAGCACGCCGUGUCGGAGGGCACCAAGGCCGUCACCAAGUACACCAGCGCCAAGUGAGCCCGCGAGUGAGUCUCACGCUGCCCACAAAGGCUCUUUUCAGAGCCACCCACUGUUUCUAAGAAUACGCUGUUUCACUUUGGGCGUAUGUUUUGAG